UGAUGGUGAACAGGAUGAUCCCUUUGCCUGUCCAUAUCACAUUUCUGCACAAGCUUGAGAAGGAUGCUUGCAAUUCGAUCUGUUGCAGCAAGUAGGACAGCAUGUGUAGUCACAAUUGGUCAAAAAGCUGCAUGUAUGCAGAUCAGUUCAUCCAGAAAUGCUCACAGUCAAAGUCAAAGCGAUAGAAAGACGAAUCAACAGGAAAGAGCGAUUCGAGUGAAAAGUAUGCAAAAGGCGGCAUUAAGAAGAAAUUUUAAUGAUUCCAAUGGAUCUUUUAGCAAGGAUCGAAACGGUAGAGGUUAUGACAGAAAUGAAGCGAGAUCCUCAAAGUCAAUGAUGUCGAAUUCAUCCAUACGUGACAGAAGGCAUAGAGCUUAUGAUGGCCAGGCAUCAACUGAAGCUUUCCCCUUCCGGAAUCGAUACAACAAAGAUCAAAGCGGUAGAAACUUUGGCAGGAGAGAAAUGAGACUCUCUCAGCCGAUGAUGUCAAACUCAUCAAUACGCGAAAAAAGAUAUAAAGCUUCACAAAACUUGAUGCAAUUGUUAAGUGCAGACAUGACUGCUUCAGCCGCAUGCGAGGUGGCAAUCGAAAAGGUAGAAGCAAUGCAACCGUUUGUGAGGAGAUCGACAUACGUAUACAACCCGCUUUUGAGACAUCUGUUACGUGCGGGUAGAGGUACACAAGCGAUCAGAACUAUGCAAGAGAUGAAAAAGAAUGGCGUUUCCCCAUCAGUGGAAACAUUUUUAGCUUUAUUCAUGGGUGCCGUUCGUAUUAGCAUACAUGCAAAGAAGGAUACGAAUCUUAUCUAUAAAUUCUCUACCAUCUUUGACCAAUUUGUGGAAUUUUGGAACGAUGCUAUAAGGCACGAUCAAGGAAUGAUAGAAAGGGAGGACGUGGAUUCCGAGCCGAUGGAAGAGGAGAGAAAGGGAAAGCUGAUCAAAUACACAAACACAACUGCUGAAUCAUAUAGGACAACACAGAUAGAAGCAUGGGAAAGUGCAAUUGUCGGAUAUGUCAAAUUUUGCAAAGCGAUGGACCAUUACUUGGAGUUCAUGCUGUAUUUAGGCUUUGACGAGAAAGCAGCAAGAGUAUUUUUGGGCUCUGCCGAAUUGGCCAAACCGGCUUGGUCUAAGUCAGGCAAAAACUAUGCACCGGGAAUGGUUCAAACAUUAGCAAGAAGAAUCUUGGCCCAUGAUCACAAACCAAGCAAAAAGACUCGAGACGAGGAAGUAUGGCAAGAAGCAAUUGAACAUGCACGCUUAGCGAUUAAAGACGAAGAAGGAAAUCGUGCAUUGAAGUUACUCGAUCGACAAGUAGAGGAGAGAAGAUGGAAGACCAUGCAGAGAUCCAAUCAAUUCUCUUUAGCGCUGUCAGAGGAAGAUCGACGUCAACUCUUCGAUGAAGAGACGGCUAAUGACGGACCGCCACGAUCAAGUUCCCGAGUGUGAUUAUUGUAAUUUAGAAGCCUUUACUGUAUUUGUACUUGCCUAUCAGAUACAAUCAUAUCAUGAUGCAUUAAAAUGACUCUA